AUGUCCCAGCGUUUGAGCGUCGACGAACAAAUGUGCGGCACGAAAAUGUCUAAAACAAAUAUCAAGCAGUAUAUGCCGAAAAAGCCUCAUAAAUGGGGUUUCAAAAUAUUCUCCAUUUGUGACACCAAAGGUUUUUCUUAUAGUUUUGAAUUGUUUACAGGCGCUGCCGAUAACGUCCGUGAAGAAGGAAUGCCUGAUUUGGGAGCCGCUUCAAAUAUUGUUGUCUGUUUGUCAAGAAACAUACCAGACUUUUCAAACCACAUAGUGUAUUUCGAUAAUUACUUUACGUCGCUUGGACUAUUGGUUUACCUUGGAAGUCGUGGAAUUUAUUCGCUUGGAACUUUUCGAGCCAACCGUGUGAAAAACUGUAAACUAUCUACCGAUGAACAGCUAGUGGUGAAAAAAGCUCCUCGUGGAUAUUCGGAGGAAUUCGUUGUCACCGCAUUUGGAGUAGAUAUUUCUACUGUUGUUUGGAAGGACAGCAAACCAGUUCGUUUAGCGUCAACGUAUGCAGGUGUGCAGCCAUUUAAAUCGAAUAAUCCGAGCGACCGAAACACAUUGUCCCGUCGCUAUAACCGCAAUAGAAAACAGUAUGAAUAUGUGAGCUGUCCAAACAUUGUCAAAGAAUACAACCGGCACAUGGGCGGAGUGGACUUGAUGGACAGUCUAAUUGGUCGCUACAAAAUUCGCAUGAAGACUGGUAAAUGGCCAUCUCGUAUAUUUCACCAUGUUAUCGACUUGGCAAUAGUGAAUGCUUACGUUUUAUACCAUCGCAUCAAUCGUGAAAAACAUCAGCGUGUCGAGCUUCCACGAUUUCGGGAAGAAAUCGCCGAAACUCUCCUGCUCAUAUCGGAAACGAAAAAAUUAGGUCGCCCCACUACUGCAGAAAAACAAGCCGAAGAAGUACCAAAGGGAAGCAAGUUACUGUACCUACCACCACCCAAUAUAAGGUAUGAUUGUCUCAAUCAUUGGCCAAAUUUCUGCGAUAAAAGUAGUAAACGUCAAUGUCGUAACAAGCCAUGUAAAUCGGAGACUCAAGUUUAUUGCGAAAAAUGCAACAUACCACUUUGCAUGUCUGUCAAAAAAUCAUGUUUUAAGGAAUUUCAUGCUGAAUAA